UCCGCCAGUUACGGCAAGAUUAUCGGCGAGCGCACGUCACACGUUCGUUGGUCGUCGCCGGUGUGAACGGUUCUUCGUUCAGAGAAAAUCGAGGAAAUCGAGGAGGACAGGUGCGAGAACGCGAAGACGCAUAUUCAGCGCACGUCUCGAGAGGAGCGGUCGGGCUGAACGACGAUCGGCGGCCGCUUUCCGGCGCGGAAACCGGAGCGGAGGCGCAGCGCGCCUUGACGCAACGCGGGACAGCGCGCUCUUCAUCGAUCCUCGCCGACGACGCAGAUUACAAUUAUGAAGGAUACCACCACGAAUUACGAUUAUUCCGAGCCGUGGACCUUGCCUCCGAAGCAAGGUCUGUACGAUCCUACUCUCGAGCGAGAGGCAUGCGGCGUCGGGUUUAUCGUGGCCAUUGACGGAAAGAGGUCGCAUAAGAUCGUCCGAGAUGCCCAGAUACUGUCGGCGCGAAUGAAUCACAGAGGGGCAUGCGCCUGCGAUAACGAUACCGGCGACGGCGCUGGGGUGCUUUGCGCAAUACCGCACGACUAUUACGCCAAUGAAAUUCGUGAACAGCAAGAUGUCGAACUGCCCGAGUUCGGACGAUACGCGACCGGCAUCUUGUUCCUCGACAAGAAAACGCACAAAGAAGCGGAAGCUGCGUUCGAGAAGUUAACUGAGGAGUGCAAUUUGAGAGUGCUCUGUUGGCGCGACGUUCCUACCGAUAAUAUGCAAAUCGGCCAAGUGGCGAAAAAAUGCGAACCCUACAUGCGUCAGGUGUUUGUCACCGGCGAUCAAGAUGCGGAAACGCUUAAACGACAGAUAUUCGUGCUGAGGAAGAGAUCGUCGCACUCGAUACCACGACCAGGAUUGCGUUACUACAUCUGCUCAUUGUCGUUGAAGACGAUCGUCUACAAGGGUCAGCUCACCGCCGAUCAAUUGUGGCUGUAUUUCACGGACUUGAAGUCUCCCAAAUUCGAGACCUAUCUAGCGCUGGUGCACACGCGCUUCUCCACGAACACGUUCCCGAGUUGGGAGAGAGCGCACCCCCUUCGAUUGCUCGCCCACAACGGCGAAAUUAACACCCUGCGCGGCAACGUGAACUUCAUGAAAGCGCGAGAGGGUGUAAUGAGUAGCCAGAUCUUCGGCGAUCAGCUGAAGUUGCUCUAUCCGGUCGUGGAGCCAAAUCUGUCCGACUCCGGCUCGGCCGACUGUGUGCUCGAGUUCCUGGUGAUGGCGGGACAACGCUCCUUGCCCGAGGCUGUCAUGACGAUGGUGCCGGAGGCUUGGCAGAACGACUUGACGAUGGUCACCGAGAAGCGCGACUUCUACCAUUGGUCGGCGUGCUCAAUGGAGCCUUGGGACGGUCCGGCCCUCCUCACCUUCACCGACGGCCGCUACGUCGGCGCUAUUUUGGACAGAAACGGCCUGCGCCCGUCGCGCUUCUACGUCACUAAGGAUAACAUGAUGGUGAUGGCGUCCGAAGUGGGCGUCUAUGAUACUCCGCCCAGCAAUGUAGUCCUGAAGAGUCGCUUGAAGCCCGGCCGCAUGCUUCUCGUUGACACCGAAGACAAGAGGAUCAUAGAAGAUGUCGAGCUGAAGUUGCAGAUCGCUCGUAGUAGGCCUCACUCCAAGUGGCUCAAGGAACAGAGGAUUACCAUGGAUGAAUUGCGCGCCGCGCACGUUAGCAAUGCCAACGCAGAGAGCAUGAUCGAGAACAGACAGACUGUCGGGACAGAAAUCGCGAAGAAGAACGCCAUGAACGACGUAAACGGCGAGAUUUCAGCCGUGAAUAAAGUGUGGAGCGGCGACAAACGACUCUCUCUCUACGGCUACACUCUGGAGACCAUCAAUUUGCUACUCUUGCCCAUGGUGCAGACCAAGAAAGAAGCACUGGGAUCCAUGGGCAACGACGCCCCCUUGGCAUGCUUGUCGGAAUUUCAGCCGUUGUUGUACGAAUAUUUCAAACAAUUGUUCGCGCAGGUAACUAAUCCACCGAUCGACCCGUUCCGCGAGAAGAUCGUGAUGUCGAUGCUCUGCCCGAUCGGUCCCGAGAGUAACAUUCUGGAGCCAAACGAGCUGCAAGUGCAUCGCUUGUUCUUACCGCAACCUAUAUUAUCGUUGACCGACUUCGAGGUCAUCAAGCGUACGAGUCACCGUGGAUGGAGAACGAAGGUCAUCGAUAUCACUUACCCCGUCGAAGAGGGUCCCAAUGGGUUGCUGAAGACGCUGAACCGCGUGAACGACGAGGCGAAUAAAGCGGCUAGGCAGGGUUAUCAGCUGCUCGUGCUGUCCGAUCGUCAGGGUGGUCGAACGAGAGUGCCGGUCAGCAGCCUGUUGGCCUUGGGCGCCGUUCAUCAUCAUUUGAUCGAAGAGCGACAACGAAUGAAGGUCGGCCUCAUCCUGGAAACCGCGGAGGCACGAGAAGUUCAUCACAUUUGCGUGCUGCUCGGUUACGGAGCGGAUGCUAUCUGUCCUUAUCUAGUGUUCGAGAUGGCAAAGAAUCUCAGGGCGGACAAUGUUUUCGACGCGUCUUUCACUGACGAAAUUAUUUACAAGAAUUAUUCAGAGGCCAUGGAACGAGGAAUCGCGAAAGUGAUGGCGAAAAUGGGGAUCUCGACUUUACAAUCUUACAAGGGAGCGCAGAUUUUCGAAGCGGUUGGGCUGGCCGACGAGGUCAUCGACAAAUGUUUCAAGGGUACUCAGUCUCGCAUCGGCGGCGUGACGUUCGAUAUUUUGGGCAAGGAGGCCUUCGAGAGACAUCAGAUCACGUAUUGGCAAAAGCCCAUGGACAUGUUGGUGAUUCGCAAUCCAGGAGUCUACCAUUGGCGAUCCGGCGGCGAGAAGCAUAUCAACGAUCCCAUCAGCAUCGCCAAUUUACAGGACUAUGUCGUCUCCAAAAACAAUUCGGGUUACGAAAAUUACCGCAGGACUACGAUGGAAGUGGUGAGAGCCUGCACCCUGCGCGGCCAGCUCGAGCUGAAGAAGUCGCGCGACCCGAUUCCCAUCACGGAGGUGGAAGCCGCAUCAGAGAUCGUGAAACGCUUCGCGACCGGCGCAAUGAGUUUCGGCAGCAUCUCCAUAGAAGCUCAUAGCACACUGGCGAUCGCCAUGAACCGCAUCGGCGGUAAAUCCAACACCGGCGAGGGCGGUGAAAAUGCAGACAGAUAUCUGAACCAAGAUCCGGAGUUCAGCAAACGCUCGUCCAUCAAGCAAGUGGCGAGUGGUCGCUUCGGCGUGACCGCCAGCUACUUGGCGAACGCGGAUGACUUGCAGAUCAAGAUGGCACAAGGCGCAAAGCCAGGCGAAGGUGGUGAAUUGCCCGGCUACAAAGUCACCGCGGAGAUCGCCGCAACCAGACACUCGGUAGCAGGAGUCGGCUUGAUCUCGCCGCCGCCGCAUCACGACAUCUAUUCCAUCGAGGACCUGGCCGAGCUGAUCUACGAUCUUAAGUGCGCCAAUCCAAACGCUCGCAUCUCCGUCAAGCUAGUGUCCGAGGUCGGUGUAGGCGUGGUCGCCGCUGGCGUCGCUAAAGGCAAAGGCGAGCACGUGGUAAUAUCCGGCCAUGAUGGCGGUACCGGCGCCAGCAGCUGGACCGGCAUCAAAUCCGCUGGGCUGCCCUGGGAGCUGGGCGUCGCCGAGACGCACCAGGUAUUGACCCUCAACAACUUGAGAUCACGCAUGAUCGUCCAAGCAGACGGUCAGAUGCGCACGGGCUUCGACAUCGUCGUGGCGGCGUUGCUCGGUGCGGACGAGUUUGGCUUCAGCACCGCGCCGUUGAUUGCCAUGGGCUGUACGAUGAUGAGGAAAUGUCAUCUGAACACUUGCCCGGUGGGCAUCGCCACGCAAGACCCGAUACUGAGGAAAAAGUUUGAGGGAAAGCCGGAGCACGUUGUCAAUUUCUUCUUCGCCCUAGCUGAAGAGGUGCGUUCGCACAUGGCUAGCCUGGGGAUUCGGAAGUUCCAGGACCUAAUCGGUCGCACCGAUCUCCUUACGGUGCGUGACGACAUCGCCAUCGAGAAAGCCAAGACCCUGAAUCUCAGCAACAUCCUACGAUGUGCACUAGACUUGAGACCUGGCGUGAAUAUCAAAGGCGGCACCGUGAAGCAAGAUUUCCAGUUGGAGAACAGACUCGACAAUAAGUUGAUCGAAUUGGCCGAGCCUGUUUUGAGCGGAGAACAAAAUCGUGUAGACAUCGAAAUGAACAUCAACAACGAAUGCAGAGCAUUUGGGACGACCUUGAGUUACCACGUAGCCAAGCGAUGUGGUGAGGAUGGAUUACUCGAACAUAGUAUCAAUAUCAAGAUGAAAGGCUCAGCGGGUCAAAGUUUCUGCGCUUUCAUGACGAAAGGUAUCCAUGUCACUCUCGAAGGCGAUGCCAACGACUACGUCGGCAAGGGUCUCUGCGGAGGUGAAAUAGUCAUAUACCCUCCGAAGGACUCCGACUUCAACUCAGACCUGAACGUGAUCGUCGGGAACGUCUGCCUCUACGGCGCGACCUCCGGCAAAGCUUACUUCCGCGGUAUCGCGGCCGAAAGGUUCAGCGUGCGCAACAGUGGCGCAGUCGUCGUGGUGGAAGGCGUGGGUGAUCACGGCUGCGAGUACAUGACCGGAGGUUGCGCCUUGAUCUUGGGUCUGACCGGCAGGAACUUCGCGGCCGGUAUGUCCGGCGGAAUCGCGUACGUCUUGGAUGUCGACGGCUCCUUCAAGAGCAAAUGCAACCCUGAGAUGGUGGAGCUACUGCCACUGAACAAGCCCGAAGAUAUCGCCUAUGUGAAGCAGCUGCUGGAGGAAUUUAUCGAGAAGACGGGCUCCCUCAUCGCGCAAUGCCUACUCGCAAUGUGGCCGGAACCGACCACGAGGUUCGUCAAAGUCUUCCCGUACGAGUAUCAGCGCGCCUUGAAGCAGCUGGAAGAGGCGAAGACGGUUGUCGUGCUCAACGGCGACUCGAAAAUCGCGGAUGAGAGAAUGAAAGACAUAGAGGACACCAUUGAGGAUGCGGACAUGGCGCAACGCAAGUUGGACAAGAUCAGAGGCUUCAUGAAAUACUCGCGGCAGAAGGGCAUGUACAGAUCAAUUGAGAAACGUAUACAGGAUUGGGACGAGAUAUACAAUUUCCAGGGUGUCAGAAAGACCCUGCGAGUGCAAGCGGCCAGGUGCAUGGAGUGCGGCGUUCCUUUCUGUCAGAGCAGCCACGGCUGCCCGUUGGGUAACAUCAUCCCGAAAUGGAACGAUCUCGUGUUUCACUCAAACUGGAAGGAGGCGCUGAAUCAGUUGCUGCAGACUAACAACUUCCCCGAAUUCACCGGAAGAGUCUGCCCCGCACCUUGCGAGGGUGCGUGCGUACUAGGAAUCUCCGAGCCGCCGGUGACGAUCAAGAACAUCGAAUGCGCGAUAAUCGAUCAUGCAUUCGAGCAAGGUUGGGUCGUCCCUCAUCCGCCGACUAGAAGAACCGGCAAAAAGAUCGCCGUGGUGGGAUCCGGUCCGGCUGGAUUGGCUGCCGCUCACCAGCUAAACAAAGCGGGCCACAUGGUGACCGUGUACGAGAGGAACGACAGGAUCGGCGGAUUGCUGCAAUACGGAAUACCAACCAUGAAGUUGUCGAAACAAGUCGUACAAAGACGCGUCUCUCUGCUCGCUGCGGAGGGUAUCAUAUUCAGGACGGGCGUCGAUGUCGGCAAGGACAUCACUACGCAGGAACUUCGGGAACAAUAUGAUGCGGUAUUGUUAACCACCGGCGCGACAUGGCCGCGAGAUCUGCCGAUCCCAGGCCGGAACCUAGAGGGCAUCCACUUUGCCGUGAGCUUCUUGGAGCACUGGCAGAAGAAACAAAUGGGGAACAUCGUACCCCUCGACAUGCGAUUGAUGGCUGAGGACAAGGACGUGAUCAUCAUAGGAGGCGGCGAUACUGGAUGCGAUUGCAUAGCGACUUCGUUGCGCCAAGGCGCGAAAACGAUCACAAGCUUCGAGAUCCUGCCUACGCCGCCGGAGAUGCGUGGCAAGGACAAUCCAUGGCCUCAAUUCCCGCGGGUGUUUAAGGUGGACUAUGGCCAUGAAGAGGUGUCUCUGAAGUGGGGUCGAGACCCGCGUAGAUACAGCACGCUGAGCAAGGAAUUCUUGGACAACGGGGAGGGCCACGUGAGUGGCAUUAGAACAGUGUCCGUGGAAUGGACGAAGGACGAGAACGGUCGAUGGAAGAUGAACGAGGUGUCAAACUCGGAGAAGGUGUACAAGUGCGACUUGGUGUUGCUUGCCAUGGGUUUCCUCGGGCCCGAAAAGUACAUUGCCACGGAACUGAACGCUGAGCUUGAUGAGAGAGGAAACUAUAAAACUCCGGCUGAGAAAUAUCACACCAGCUUACCCGGAGUAUACGCGGCGGGUGAUUGCAGACGUGGACAGUCUCUCGUAGUGUGGGCGAUCUCAGAAGGUCGACUGGCUGCAAAGGAGAUCGACCUGGCUCUGAUGGGAGAAACUGGCCUUCCCGGAAGUGGUGGUGUCAUAACCGGCGUUACCGCUUAAGGAUCUUCGCGGUCCUUGGAUGUUGGUCUUCCAGUUAGAAUACGAAAAGACCUACCGCGUGUGCAUACCGCCAGGAACGAGUCGUAUCGACUGUUAGAAGAUGAGAGGAGAAUCUUCGAAGAUUCAAGGAUGCAGGAUCCGGGAUCCAAGGAUUUAAAAAUUCCGAGAAUCCCAGAAGAAACGAGUCUAGAAUUGUAGAGUGUCUAUGAUUCAGAAAUCCGAAAAAUGUCAACAUUCGGAAAACCGGUCAGGACUCGAGUUUUCGACAAUCCGAGGAUUGGAGCUUUUGGCCAUCCGAGGAUCUGUUUCUCGGGUCUAGCGACGCAAAGAUCAAGGAAUUCUGGAAGGAGAUGAUUAAAAAAUUUAAGGUUUGAAGAUACAACAACAAUCUUAAACAACCUAAUGAUCAGGCAACUCGUGGAUUACAACUUCCAGCAAGGAAUUUAAGUUGAAGAAUUUGAAUAUUCAAGAACAACGAGAAAAUUAGGAACGUAUGUUUGUCACUGAUUUCUAAGAGAAAACCUCGCAAAUUCAAAGAUCCAAAAGUCAUAAUUCAAGAAUAAAACAAUCUAAAAGUUUCAAUAUCUAAAAGGAUUGAAAAAUCAAGAAUCUGAGAACACACAGAGAUCUUGUAAAAUUGAAGAAUUCAAUAUUCCUAAAAUUUAACAAACUAUUUUAUGUCACGAAAGAAUUUGAAGAUAUGUCUCAAUUCUCAAGAAAGAUCUAAUAAAUUUUACCUAAGAUCUACUAUAAAUAAAUGAAAAAAAAAACUAAAAAAAAGACAAGGAUCCACGAUAUCCGAUGGCACGAAAAACUAAAAAUUCAAGCAACUAGUGGGUUCGAGAUGGAAAGAUUCUCAGAUCACGAGCUGAGAAUGUGAUAAUCAAGUGAGAAACGAGAAACGAAGUAAGAUAAUUUCGUUGCGCGAAUCUCUCCGUGUCAGUAACGGAAAUAUUAAAUAAAUAUAAUUCCGUAACAUAGUGAGCUUCAAAUAUAUAAGGAAGGAUCUGAGAUAUGGAAGCGAACUGCAGCAGGAUCUACAUUACGCGAUACACUUCGCCAAACGUACUGUUUGUUUUAACAUAACAACCAUAAAUUUAUUCAUUUGGAAUUAAAAAUUCCAAUGUUUCAUUCAAGCGCUAUUUAUCGAGUAUAUCUGUAUACGAAAUUU